AUGAAGAAGAAAAGGAACAUGAAUGAGGAUAAAGUAAAUUCAGGGUUAAGUAUGGAUUUGGACGAACCAAUUAUUAAUCUCAACAACACCUUAACAAAUAAUUAUAAACUUACCAAUACCAAUAAUAAGAUUAACGGUAUAAAUCAUGGGAAUAACUUCAUGAAUAACGGGAAUAAUUCUGUGAAUAAUGAUAAACAAAGUGACUUGGAUGAAGAAAUGGAGUAUAAAUUUAUACCAGAACUGAAUGUGAAGACGAAAUUAAAAGAUGUCGGUGGAAUAGAUAAGAUAAAGGGCGAAAUUGAAGAUUUAGUAAUAAACCCUUUGAAAUACCCGCAGUUAUAUAAACACUUGGGUGUACAACCAACUAAAGGAGUUUUAUUACACGGACCACCCGGCUCUGGGAAAACUAAAUUAGCAGAAGCAAUUGCAGGAGAGAUUGGAUGUCCAUUUUUUAGAGUUGCAGCUACUGAAAUAGUUACUGGAAUGUCAGGAGAGUCAGAAAAUAGACUUCGAAGUCUAUUUGAUCAAGCCAAAGCAUGCGCACCAAGCAUUAUUUUCCUCGAUGAACUCGAUUCAAUUACCCCAAAAAGAGAAAAUACCUUCAGAGAAAUGGAAAAACGAAUAGUUUCACAAUUGGGGAUUUGCAUGGACUCAUUACAAGGCCAUUUCGUUAUAGUGAUUGGAGCGACGAAUAGGCAAGAAUAUGUAGAUUCCAUGAUUAGACGUAAUGGCCGUUUUGAUAGAGAAAUAUCAAUGGGAAUACCAAAUCAAGAAUCUAGAUAUGAUAUAUUACAGGCAUUAUCUGAGAAUAUAAAGAUUUCUGAUGAUGUUGAUUUCGAGGAAAUUGCCAACUUAACGCCGGGAUUUGUCGGCGCUGAUCUCCAAGCUGUUCUGAGAGAAUCGGCAAUCCAUUCCAUAUCAAGAUUGUUUAAAUCCCACAACAUCGACGAUACUGACAUGAAUGAUUUAAUGAAGAAUUUGUAUAUAAAUAGAGAAGAUUUCUUGAUUGGUAUCAAUAAGGUUCAGCCAAGUUCAAAGCGUGAGGGCUUUAUCACCAUUCCUGAUGUUACUUGGUCGAAAAUCGGUGCUCUUUCCUUCCUCAAAUCCGAAUUAGAAAAACAAAUUGUUUUCCCAAUCAAGUAUAAAAAAUUAUAUCAGCGUUUCGGUAUUGGUAUUUCUGCCGGUAUUUUACUAUACGGACCACCAGGUUUUACUAGUUUUCCAGCUGUUUAUCCUUUACAGGGACAUUUAUCUACUCUCUCCUGGUGUGGUAAGACUUUAUUGGCCAAAGCCAUUUCCAAUGAAUGUAAUGCCAAUUUCAUCUCAAUUAAGGGUUUAACAUAUUUACAAUUAGUUACACUUAUAUAUGUAGUUUGCUCUAUGACUGAAAUAUAUUUAGGGCCUGAGAUAUUGAAUAAAUAUGUUGGAGAGAGUGAGAAGGCGAUUAGAUUAAUAUUUCAGAGAGCUGCUACCAGCUCCCCCUGUAUUAUAUUCUUUGACGAAGUUGAUUCACUUUGUUCUAUUAGAAAUGAUUCUAAUCAAGUUUACGAACGUAUUGUAAAUCAAUUAUUGACUGAAAUGGAUGGAAUACAGAAUAGAGAAUAUGUUUAUAUAAUAGCAGCUACUAAUCGACCUGAUAUCAUUGACCCCGCUAUACUCAGACCAGGGCGGUUGGAGAAGUUAUUUUAUGUUCCAUUACCCAAUGAAGAUGAUCGGGUUGAUAUUUUACUUAAACUAACUUCUGAAGUUCCAAUUGACCCUCUAGUUAACUUUCAAAUUAUCUCACAAAUGACUGACGGGUAUCUUUCUUUACUGCUUAUUUAUUCUAUUGUCUCCGAGGGAUUAAGUUAUAUUCCUGAGGAACUAAUUUUUACAACUUACUCAUUAAAUAAUUAUCUCCUUGCUAUAUUUCGAGAUAAUUCUGGUGAUAGGUUCAGCGGAGCAGAUUUGGCAAGUUUGUGUAGAGAAGCAAGCAUAAUAGCAAUUGAUGAAAUAAGGCUGAGUCUUAGCGAGAGCCCAGUUUCCGACUACAAACUGAGUGCUCCAGAAAACUCAGUUGUGAAGAUGGAACACUUCCAAAAGGCUCUACUCAAGGUUAAACCGUCGGUCAAACAACAGCAAAUCGAUUUCUAUCAUAAUUUCAAACUUAAAUAUUCUUAA